AUGACUCAGCCAAAUGACAACUCGUUUUAUGUAACGCUGACUAGUCAAAAAACACAGGAAUUUCCAGACAAUUUACCCACGCAAUUUCAAUACCGUUUGCCUCAAAGCUUAUGGUUACCGGGCAAAUGGAAAGUGGGUUUGGCAAGUGUGUUUUUACCUGGCGUUUCCAAUCCCAUUCCCCAUGUUGUCACAUCCCAUGUCAGUUCCUCUCUGACGGAACAUCAUGACACAAAUCCUACCAAGCCUUUCGGUAUUCGCUCGAUUCACAACCUGUACAAAGGGAGUGAUACCGAUAUUUUAUUUCAACAAUAUGCCAAAGCUUUCAAAUCUAGUCAAUCUCAAGAAUUUUUGUCCCAACUUAAAACAGCAGAUUUGCAAGAUGCCUCCAAUGGAUUUGAUUUUAUGUCCAAAGUUUUUUGGUGGAUGGAACAGGAUUUAAACAAAAAAAUACCCACGGGGUAUGAAUUUGCAGAUAGUAAUGAUAAUUGGAGAAUAGAUGUUUCUGCUCAAGAUAAUUACACGAGUUGGUUGCUUCGGCAUUACAAUGUUGAAAGUACCAACAGAAAAAGUGUGCCUUGUUUAGCCAUUAAUUUGAUCUUGGCUAAACAAAUGGGUUGGGUUGUAGAAACAACUACCAAUGUGUUUGCAGUGGGACCGAAUUUACUCAUGGAGCUUCCAUACGGUACUACUAGUGUAAAACCAGAUCCCGCGACCUGUCUCAAUGCAAAAUUUUCUUUUACUCAACCCAUUCAUGUAGUAGACGGAUUGCUGUAUCUUUGCUCCACGUUUAGUUGGCGCUUUGUGAAUUUAAAUGAAGCCUUUGACAGAGCGAUUCAUCGACCCUAUGAAACCCCCAAAACAGUUUUCAAUGUGUUAAAACCCUGGAUGACUAACCUUACAUUAUGGAAUAUGGAUCUUGGACUCGCCUUGAACGAUAAGUUUGUAGAUCUGCCUGUAUCUCCCCAUUAUUGGAAACCCAGGACUCUGAGUGUGACUUUGUUAAGAGGAGUAAAAAUUGUGGAUGGUGCAUCUCACGGAGAUUACGCUGGGAAUGGAUAUGGGAAUUGAUAUGAGCUCCUUAACUCGCAACAAAACUUAUACGGUGGCAUUAGAGUGGUACCAAAAGGAUGAGUGGCUGUUUAACCGUUCUAAAUUUUCAGCGGAAGGAACGGGUUUACAAGUUCAUCAUUUGCGGGCUGAAAAAUAUACUCAUGAGCAAAACAAAACCCAUUUGAUUUAUUACCACACAUUGACUAUUCAAUUCACUAAAACUUCAAGUAGCAAUGCAACAUUAAGCCUCAAGUUUGAAAUAGGGUUUCCACUGUCUGCGAAAUAUUCAGGUGAAUUAAAAGACAACACUUUUUUGGUGCUGUAUGGUGUGGAUGGUCAUGUAGAACAGGUACCAGAUGUGUAUGAUGAUCACCCGAUCAUUCCCUCUUCUCACACAACCACCGAAACAACGACUACCAGUACGGGGGACAAGAAAGCUUCCACACUUCCUAAAUCUCAUGGAACAGACAAUUUACGCCCUCUGUUUUUGUCUUGUAAUUUAACCAAAAGCAUUGAUGGAAACAGAACCAUCAUGAAGUCUGUCGCUUAUAAUAACGAAAAAACGCUGAUUGAAUGUAACCCUAUUCAAUUUUAUUCCAUGAGGAGUUAUUUGGUGGACAUUUUAGAAGUGACUGUGACAGAAUGGAAUAACAUUAUUCCCGACUUCAAUCAGGAUAGUCCAGUCAUUGUCACUUUACUGUUCAAGAAAAAGCAAACAGAGACUCAACGCAAAUACAUUAAGUUGGAAGAAUCAGUGGACCAUGACGAGCUCAUAUAA